GUCUGGUGUUAAUCCCUGCUUAUCUGAAUGCUGACUGCCGGAGGGGAUGCGUUCCAGUCUUCUGCUUGAGAAUGUCUGUGAGCGUGAGAAAAAUAAGUCUGCUCUGAGCCACGGAGCUCGAUAUCUAUUCAAAGCUCCCGUCUCCUCCCGCACUUUGCUUGGAAGUCAUCUAGUAUUAUAAACCGUCAAAAGAGAAAAUGUGGCAACGGUGGGCAAGGAGUAGCUCUUUCUUGCGGCGCUGGGCGGCAGUUAGGUUUUUCUUCGUCCUUUUUAACUGGGGCUCCUUUUGGCCCGAAGGUGUAACGGAGACCCGCCUGGAUGCGUGGCCUUGGGGUCUUUCGGCACCUGCGUUUCAGUUUUCUGCUCCCGCAUGUCCAAUAGCGGAGAGCGUGGAGGGGGCGUGUUUGUUGUGGGAGAGCGGGGCUCCUCCCAGCUGCAUGGGGGGACCGAGAGCGAGAACGGGCGGGCGAGCGCGCGAGGAAGGCAAGGUUGCCUCGCCUCGGGAGUUUGGUUGCAAGCGGAGGCUGGCCGGCCGUCGGGCAGCGAAGGGGGAGAGCGAGGGCCUGUGACUGAGGCGGACAGCUGGCUGGAAAGACUCCGAAGGGGACGGCGGGCUGCGAAGAGUUGGCGCGGCGGCGGCGGCGGCGACUAACCUGCUCGCCUGCUGCUGCAACGUCUCCCAGCAUGUCUGGGGCGCUCGAGUUUUGCCUCUUCUGCCUCAGCCUUUACCUUCGGGGAAAUUCAGCCUUCAACCUGGAUGUCACCGAGACCGUCCUCAAGCGGGGAGAGAACAGCAGCUUCUUUGGCUUCUCCGUGGCGUUGCACCAGCAGCUCAACCCGCAGCCCAUCAGCUGGCUGUUGGUGGGAGCACCACAGGCUGCUGCUCUGCCGGGUCAAAAGGCCAAAAGAACUGGUGGCUUAUAUGCCUGUCCUUUGACCCAUGAAACUAAGGACUGCGAACGCGUGCCCAUCGAUGAGGGAGUUGACCUGAAGAAGGAGAGCAAGGAGAACCAGUGGCUGGGUGUUACUGUCAACAGCCAAGGCCCCGGAGGAAAGAUUGUGACCUGCGCUCACUUGUACGAAGCACGGAACCGUGUGAAUGAGACUCUGGAGACGAGGGAUGUGAUCGGCCGUUGUUAUGUACUCAGCGAGGGGUUGCAGGUGGCUGAUGAACUGGAUGGUGGCGAGUGGAAAUUCUGUGAAGGGCGGUAUCAUGGGCACGAACGCUUUGGUUUCUGCCAGCAGGGGAUAGCCACGGGCUUCACUGCAGAUAGGCAUUACAUCCUCUUUGGGGCACCUGGCACCUACAACUGGAAGGGGACCAUACGGGCAGAGCUGAGUGGCUUGGAUUUCGGUCAGUACGACGAUGGGCCAUAUGAAGCCGGGGGAGAAAAGGACCAGGACCCCUCGCUCAUCCCCUUGCCAGCCAACAGCUACCUCGGUUUUUCUUUAGACUCUGGAGUGGGGAUAACCAGGAAGAAUGAGCUGAGCUUUGUAACAGGGGCACCCCGAGCAAAUCAUAUUGGAUCAGUGGUGAUCCUGCAUAAAGACAAUGUUAACCGCUUAGUGCCUGAGGUUAUCCUCCCAGGAGAGAAACUGACUUCAUCCUUUGGCUACUCCCUGGCUGUAGUGGAUCUCAAUCAUGAUGGAUGGAUGGACUUGGUGGUUGGAGCACCAAACUUCUUUGAUCGAAAGGAACGGAUCGGGGGUGCUGUCUACGUUUACAUCAACCAGGCAGGGCGCUGGGAAAACAUCCUCCCUAUUCGCCUCAAUGGCUCCUAUGACUCCUUGUUUGGCAUCGUAGUGGGUGCCAUUGGUGAUCUCAACCAAGAUGGUUUUCAAGACUUUGCGGUUGGAGCCCCAGUGGAUGGUGAUGGCAAAGUCUACAUCUAUCAUGGCAGUAAUUUGGGAAUUGUGACAAAACCUGCCCAGAUCCUGACUGGGGAGAGCGUUGGCAUCAAGAUGUUUGGCUAUUCCUUUUCUGGAGGGCUGGAUAUUGAUGGCAACUUUUAUCCGGAUCUUCUUGUGGGCUCACUGUCUGAUGCAGUAGUAUUGUACAGAUCUCGACCUGUCAUCCAUAUCUCCAGAAAUAUUACUGCCAACCCCCAAAAUGUCGACCUGGAGAAUGUUAACUGCCGCUAUUUGGAGGGCAUCUGCAGUGUGGAAGUCCAAGCCUGUUUCAUCUAUACAGCCAACCCUCCAAGCUAUAGCCCACCUAUCAGACUUGAGUACAGUUUUGAGGCUGAUGGUGACCACCGGCAGCAAGGAAAAGCCUCUAGAGUCUUUUUCCGAAAUCGGAAGGCCAAAGAUCUUGAGCAUCAGUACUCUGGAACAUUGGAACUGCCCAAACAACAAUCAAAGGCUUGUACCAAGGCCACAUUACAACUGAAGGAGCAAGUCCGGGACAAGCUACACCCCAUUGCUGUGAUGAUGAGCUACCACAUCAAGCAUGGUCGCAGCAGACGCCAGAUCCCAGGGACCACCCUGGGGACACUCUCGCCUGUACUGAAUGCCCUGCCACACAACUCUCAGAGGAUUGAGGUCAAUUUCCUCAAGCAAGGGUGUGGGGAGGAUAAAAUCUGCCAAAGCAACCUGCAGCUGAAAUACAAGUUCCACUCUCGUGUUGAUGAUGCUGUAUUCCAGCCUCUGCCCAGAGGUGAUGAUGGCUUGGAUGUUUUUUCCAUGAGUGAUCAGAAAGGCAUAGCCCUUGGAAUCUCUAUCACUAACUUUCCUUCAAUCCCUGAUGAUCCACAGCGGGAUGGUGAUGAUGCCCAUGAAGCCAUGCUGCUUAUCUCAUUGCCACCUACCUUGACUUAUGCUAGUCUGCGGCACUACAAUGCAACGGAGAAGAUUCCAUCCUGUGUGUCUAACCAGAAUGCUACAUAUGUGGAAUGUGAGCUUGGGAACCCCAUGAAACGUGGAGCACAGUUUCGGUUCUACCUUGUUCUGAGCACGUCAGGCAUUACCUUGGAGACCACAGAACUGGAAGUAAACCUAGAACUGACCACGAUAUCCGAGCAGCCUGGGUUGGCCCCAGUGGCAGCGCGAGCCCGAGUGAUCAUGGAGCUUCCUCUCUCAAUUACUGGGCUGCCUGAACCAAAGCAACUCUUCUUCAGUGGGGUGGUCCAGGGUGAAAGUGCCAUGAAAAAGGAAAGUGAUGUGGGCAGCCCAGUGAGCUUCAGUGUGACGGUCUCAAACAGAGGCCAGUCCUUGAGCACACUGGGCUCUGCCUUCCUCUAUCUCAUGUGGCCAUAUGAAAUUUCAAAUGGAAAGUGGCUUCUUUACCCCCUUAAGCUGGAACUGUUGACCCAGUUCCAGCAUCGCUCAACCUGCACUCCUGAACCCAACCCCCUGGGCUUGACUCUGGAACUGCCUCCUCAAGGAAGGAAGAAACGUGAGACUGAGCAGGCAGAGAUGUCCAGCCCAUCACUGACUUAUUGGAAAGGGCGAAAAAAUGCUACCUUGGACUGUGUGUUGGGCACAGCGCGUUGUCUGCUAUACCAGUGCCCCCUCUACAGUUUUGACCGCUCGGCUGUGCUCACCAUCUGGGCCCGUCUCUGGAACAGCACCUUCCUGGAGGAAUUUGCUCAUAUGACAUCAGUGGAAGUGAUUGUUCGUGCCAACAUCUCAGUGAGCUCCACCAUCCGCAACCUGGUCCUAAAAGAUGCCACAACACAGAUCCCAGUGACUGUCUACUUGGAUCCUGCUGUGGCCUUGACACAAGGUGUGCCCUGGUGGAUCAUCCUCAUUGCUGUACUGGCUGGAAUCCUAGUACUGGGCCUGCUAGUCUCCAUCUUAUGGAAGCUUGGUUUCUUCAAACGUGCCCACUAUGAGAAAGCCAAGAUACCCCAGUACCAUGCUGUCAAGAUUCCCCGCCAGGAGCGCCAGCUUUUUCAUGAGGAGAAGACAGGCACCAUCACCAAGAAAGACUGGGUCACUAGCUGGAGUGGGGACAGUGAUGGCCAUGUUCCUCUUUCAGCCUAACUACCUCCCUACUCUGUCCUCUUCUUGCAAGUUCCUGAUUAUAAGGAGACUGCUUCUUAAGGAGGGACUUUUUGGUGGCACCAGCCUGGCUAACUGGAGCUGUGCUCUUGGCAUGCUGUGCAGGCACUGGAUGACCCUUUCAGGGGAGGUUCAACAGACACUUGGGGGAACUGAUGUUUAACAGAGGAGGUUGUGCUGACAGAUUUGAGAAGGCCCAAAAUUUUAAGAGUUUUUACUUCCAGGGAUGUUGAUUUUUCUUGUAAAGCUGAGCAGUAUCUGAUGAGAAAAAUGAGCCAGCAUCUGACUGAAGAAAUAUUCUUCCCCCCCACCCUGCUUCAGUUUCCCAAAGAGUCAUCAGCCAGGGUGAAAAUACCAAUGAACUGUGCACCCUGAUGUUGAGAGCUGGAACUGUAUCUACUUUUGGGUGUAUGGGCCAUCGAGUCAACCCUGACUCCGGGGACAAGUCCCAGCAGUUUUCUUGGCAACAUUUUUGGAAGUGGCUUGCCGGUACCUUCUUCCUAGGGCUGAGGACAUCACUGCAAGAACAGCAUGAAUAUACUGCAGGAUCUGAUCCUUUGGGAAUGGAUCAGAUCCUCAGAAUGAGGAGAAUGUGGAUUGCUUGAGCAGCGUACAGGGCCCCAAAGCCUGUGUGUGUGUGUGUGUGUGUGUGUGUUUGUGCGUGUGCAUGCAGAAGAUGAGUGACAGAGACUGCCUUCUUUUGAGCAAGAUCAUUGUCUUCCUGCCAGCUUUUUCUAAUUUUCAUUGUCUAACUAAUAAUAUUAGAAGCACUUGAUGCCUACAGUGGUGAGUUCAGUUGAAUCUGAUACGACAUGCUUUAAGUAUCAAAGGUUCUUAUUAUUGUGUUUAAAGACAGCACUAAAAAUCUCUCAGUUGCUUGUCUUCUUCCCUGAAAAAAGGUAAGACUCUAGAGGCCCAUCCCUAUCCAACCAUAAUAGCUGUCUGUCUGUUGGUCUCGCUGUCAUAAACACACACAUGCAUACACUUGUAUCUCUAUCCACUGAUUUCCUUUGGCUGCCUUAGCACCUCUGUCUCUCUCCUCUUUUUUAUACCAUUGGCAUACAGCAACCUACCUCAUCAGCUUACUAUGAGGAUAGAGUUGAUAAGCAAUAGUUAUUGGAAAGGACAGAUGAAUUUUGAAUAGCAAAACUAACCAAGUUUAAAGAAAAGUCAUGCCCAAAAGAUAAAGCCAAAUUCAAGCAAUUACAGUGCCCGCUGAUCCACAUUGUCUGGCCUACAUGCUUAAUGGAGAUGCAAAACCAUUUUUAUGCCACAAAAAACAAUAAAGUUUAAAGAAAAAUGGUGCAUGUGAGCGAAGUUGGCUUCCUAUCAAAACUAUUAAAUGGCUUCACUACUUUAGAACCCCUCUGUGCAUAUUUAGUGAAUUUCAUGAAAAAUAAGUGUCUAGAGGCUUUUUUUCACUGAGGCUUCAUAUUAUCCAAUUCACCUAUUCACUCAUAACAUUAAGCCAUAAUAUGGUUUGGUUUAACAUGAGGUGUGAACUAACCCAUUAUAGCUGUGCAUUAUAUGCAAACUCUGCUGCUAUAGCUUGUUCAACAAAUGAUGCUUUAAGAAAUCUGUUUUAGUUUUGUAUUUUGAAUGCAGCCAAUCUCCUUCUCUAGUGGAAAAAAAAGCAUUGAGGCCAGCUUUGAUUUUAUUAAUAUGAUUAUCCCAGAUGCUUCUUUUAAGUUUCUGUCCUACUGGCAUUUGUUCCUAAUCACAGUAACGAAACUGCAGCGGAAGUGGCUUUCACACUUAGAUCCAGUCUCCAGCUGGAAAAUGUUAGGAAGUGCUCUCCAUUGGAGAAGAUGAUAAAGGGAAGGGGAGGCAUUCAGUAACCCAUUCCUUCAUUAGGAACAGAUUGGUUGAGGUGGCAUCUGUUUGACAAUUUGCAAAUGCCAUAUUGCCUGAAGGAAAAUAACUCCAAGGGACUUCACAUACAUGCACGCACAUGUUCCAUUUUCCAAUGAUUAGUAAACUCUUUAUUUUUCAGAAUUCAUAUGUGAAUUCUUGGUCUCCAGCAGCUGAAAGAAUCAGACUCUAGGCAUUCAUUCCCUGUUAGUGUGGCAGCAAAAUCAAAAUGCCUAAUUUGAGUCAGGAAUAAGGAACAGCACAUUGACUACAAGGGAUUUGCCGUAUUGUUUUUUAGCCUUCUUUCCAAAUUAUCCCCUUAGCACACAGAAGUCUGUAAUUACAGGUUUUUUUCCCUUUAUAGAAAUAACAAUUCCAUAUCUAUCGGUCAUAUACCUGUUAAAGUUUAGAUGUCAUAAAUCUAGGGAAAAUGCUGAGAAGUAUAAGAACACUAUAUAAAACAAUAAGGCUUUGGUCAUGCCAGUUUUCAGUAUUUUGCAAUAUCCUGUUCAUCAGAAGACAUAGAAAUAUACUUUGGCUUUGCUUUCACCAAAGGAGUGAGCAGCUGCUAAUUACUUUUAUAGCAGAAAGCGACACUGCUUUCCACCCCACCAUCCACCACCAAGAAAACAUCCUGACCACUGGAAAUAAUUCAUGUGGAAACAUUUUGGGAGAAGAGAACCAUUUUCAAAAUCUCUGCAGUGCCCUGCUUAAUUAGCUCACUGGACUUAAAUAAGUAGUAAUGCAGAUGAAAAAAAAACCCUCAGUGGAGAUCUUGAAGACCUAAAUAUCAAGACUUCUCUUUAUGUGUGCAUUGUUAGGAACAGAAUCAUGUUAGUUUAUGGUAGUAAAAAACCAGGAGUUUGGUAGCACCUUUUCCAACUAUCAAAUUUUAUUAAAUACCUUUUAAUAAAAUUUGUUAGGUGAAAAAGGUGCUACCAGGCUCCUGAUUCUAUGUGAAGUGUCACAAACAUUCCUGAACAUGCAGAUGCAUCUCAUAGAUCAAGAAGCUAUAAGCUAUUCAGAACAUUUCAAGAUGCUGGAAGUAAGAGUUUAAUGAGUGGGUGGGUGUGAUUCCCUGCUGUUCAUCUUGUCUAGCCAUCACACCAUGCAAGACUAUACACUCUUAAAAUCAGUGGUGUAUAUUCAUAAAUAACUGCACUUCGGUGCUUAGCCCUAAAUAAAAUUAGUUGCUAUGGCAUUAUUAGCAUCACAUAGCACGGUGUGUGGCUGGGAAGGAGGAUGGUUAUACAGGCAGCCACAUCGUCCAGAGGGACUUGGGACUGGACACCUGCAGGUACAGGCUCGCAUGGCUACUAAAAGAAUCGUCCUGGUCUCAGAAGCGGUUCAAGAAUUUCAGUAUGCUGUGUUUGUAAAGCAAUUCAAGUGCUUUCUCUGUAGGGCAAAGAGAGAUGAUCUUCAAAAUAUUCUUUGUGCAGGCCAACUAUGUCCUUUAUCAAAAGAACAACAAAGCAGGGUUAAACCCUCUUGUUUUUUUUAAUUAAAGAUUUAUAAUUAUAGACCAAAAAAAAAAAGGAAAGAAAAUACAAAAUAUCUGGGCUAAAAAGCUUAUUCACAGUGAGAGGUAAGCAUGCCCAUAUCAUGUUCAGACCCACCAUUGCUAUGGCAUAGAAUUUAUCCACCUUCCUAGAGACUUUGGUCUUGCUUGUUUAAUGGGAAACACCUCCAUCUUGCAUUGUACAAGCACGUGUGCAACCAUCUUGAUUUCUUCCAUUUCUGAACAUAUACAAAAGCACACUGGAUAGGGGAUAUUUUCGAAUCUCCCAGUCAAUGAACCUUACAAAAAUUUUGCUUAAAAUAUAAAGCAGUGCUUAGCAAGCUUUCUGAAGGAUGGGCCACUUUUUAGAUUCAGAAAAUGUGAGGAUCACCAAAUUAAAUACUGCCUCCCAUGAUUUUGACUUUCUAGUGAUGUUUUUGGAGAAUAAAAUAAUGAUUAUAGCUCCAUUGGUGCAUGCUUCCUAUGCAUUCCCUUUUAAAAGGCCCUUAGAAACUAAGUUUUGGACCAAAGAUGAUAAAGUAGAGUACUUAUUUACCACAGAGGCAGGAAGUGGACUCUCGCCUGGCCAGCUGAGGGUCAGUGCAGUGGAGGGAAGGGGCUGAGGCACGUGCACAGACAGCAGCUGGCUAGAGUCCAUUUGCUACCUCAGUCCUCCUGGGAAAUUACUGGGGUCAUUUCCAGUUUAGUUUGCACCCAGCACAGUCCAUCAGUCCUAUCCAGAUCGCAGCAAGCCCACACGCCGCUCAGUUCAGCUAGCAAAAUAUAUAGCUUGACGUUUAUUUACUAAACACUGAAAAACAGUUCACUGGCAAAAACAGAAUGAAAGGCAGGCAAAGCUACGAGGAGAGAGGCAGGAGCAAAAGGCAAGAAUUUACAUUAUUCCUCUAUAUAUCAAAGGCACUGAACUUUCCAGAGCCACUGGAAACAAUACUGUGAAUAAUUAGCAUGGACAGUCCCAAAGGGAGCGGCCUUUGGUAUUCUAGCCUAGGCCCUCUUACUUUUGCAACAGCAGCAGAAUAGAAAUGGAAAGUAGGACACCAGGUGAUCUCUACACCAUUAAAAACAAUUUGGUGGAUGGGGAUGAUGCUUCCAACAAGUCUUACCUUCCAGUGUGCACCAACAGUCAGCUGGUCAGGAACAAGUUCAGCCAAUGAAUGUGGGGAAGCUGAGCAGUGAUUGUCUAAAGACUACGAUCUGAGAAUCACUUAUGAGCAUUUUACCCUGUAGAAUCCAUUGCCUUUGUGAAAACAGGCAGUAAAUAUUGUCUAUAACAGACCUAACACAAUGUAUGCAUUACCUAUUCUCCAUUGAUUAAUUUAGGUCCAUUCAGAGUUGGGCACUAUGAAGAACUCAUUCUAAUAUAGUCAAGAUGGUGAAUUGUCUGCAUUUUCCUGUACAGAGAGCAGCAGGCUGACUCCUCCUUUAACCUCUCUUCCACUGUGAUUUCCACCUUUCUUUCCAAAACUGAGUGUCCAAGCAUUGGAUCUGCUUAUUCUCAUGUCCCCAGAGUGCUGCAGCAAAGCAAACUUAUAAGCAACACCCCAAACAUAAAGGGCCACAAGGCAGCUCUUUGGAGGCUCCUUGGCUUCAGUGUGCUUGCAACAAAGCAACAUAAAUCACCGGGUUUCAGAAAGCAUUUUACAGGCUAAUGAUCUCUGUGCCUGCACAGAAGAUACUACUAGUGAGUUCAAUGGAGCUAAUUCUCAGUUAAGUGAGUAUAGUAUUGUUGUCUGAGAUAACACAGUUAACAUGAAAAGACACAUCACGGCUCUGUUCUCACACGGCUUGUUUUUGGUUCAGUUUGCUGUGCAAUGUGCCCCAACCAUUGUGGUUUAUAAACCACAGCUUUUGGUGCAGCAUGUUACAUAAGUCAGUCAUUUCAAUAAACCAUGUUUAA